CCCGUUUGCGAAAUAACUUGAGUAUUAUAAGUAACGUUUCGGAGUCCAGUUAUUUUACCGUCUACUUAAUAAUGACAUAUUUAAAUCACAUUAAUUUGAAAAUUUAAAUUAGCAUAAUUUCCUCAUGCGUUCACAAUUUCUGGUCAGAUAUGUGCGACGAACUUCUCGUUUGUGACAGAAGAAGGCGGAUGGUAACCUGACUGACAGACAUCAGUAGGUCGCUGUCACAGAGAGGUUCCCGGAGUUGCUCUUGAACGCGUGUCUCUCAGCCUAUCGCGCAAUGAAGGACCAAAACUACGGCGAAGAAAUUACAAAAAUACUGGAGGAGGCCCCCUCUUCUCGUAAAGCACUUUUAGACAACUACGACAAUUUACACAAAGUAGCCGAAUACUGCGAGAGCAACUACCUGCAGUCUGGUAAUGACACCAACAAAGCACUGGAGGAGACCAAGGCCUUCACUACCCAGUCCUUGGCUAGUGUGGCCUAUCAGAUCAGCUCCCUGGCUACCAAUGUGCUCAAACUGCUAGAUGCACAGACACUACAGCUCCACAAGAUAGAGUCCUCCAUCAACCUGAUUGGACAGACGGUGGAUAUGCACAGAGAGAAGGUGGCUCGUCGAGAGAUUGGAGUUUUCACGGUUGCCAAGAGGGUUCCUCGAAAUCACAAGAUUGUCCCCCCUGCAAAUAGUACACAGCCCAAGCCCAAGUUCACCCGCACACCCAUCUCUUUCUCUAGCCUGGACUCUAUUGGCCAUGGUGUGAAGGAUUCUGGGCAGCCACAGUUAAAAACAGCCACCAUGACACGCAGCAGCAGCAUACUGAGUCGGGGCAGCCGUCCUCCAGAGCCUGUCCAAUGCCCUGUGGUGCCCACUUUGUCCCAUGGAGCAUCCGUCAACUCACUUAAUGACAAUUCAAUUACUUCAAGCUUCGGUAAAGCCGUACCACCUCCAGUAGUGCCCAGCUGGCCCAUCAGCUCUGAUGGUGGUGGUGACAUCAUCAGCACCCUGCUGGAUGAAGGCCCACCACCUCCACCCCCACUGAUGGAGACAGAAGGAGAGCAGUAUCAUCUGCAGGACACUGGUCCACCUCCACCUCCUCCACUUGACUGUGCAGACAUUCCCCCACCCUCUCCCUUGCCCACUUCAGUGAACACAUCUGAUCCAAGCAGCCUGAUGACCAUACCACCUCCUCCACCAGCUCCACCUCUUGAAACAGUGGCCGAAGAGAACGGAUUUCCUCUGCCAGCACCUCCCAGUGACAUACCUACUCCACCAACUUCUGACAGCCUUGAUCUUCCAGCCCCGCCACCUCUGCCUGGGUUUGAAGCUCCGCGUUCUCGGCGCUCGCGAGUGCGACGUCAUCCUCCUAGCUCUCGCUCUCUCUCUAUGAGGGUCCGCAUGGGCCCCAGUGCUCGCUCGCUCUACACACGCUCCCUUUUUCUGCCUUCUGCUCAAUCACUCAUGAUACCCCCACCCCCUCCAUACCCACCUCCUUUGGCUCCACCCACUUCACUGAGCCCAUUGUGCAGGAUCCCUGCCCGCCUGGAGCAUCUAGAUCUUGAGAUUCCAGCUCCGCCCCCAUCGCCACCAGUUGAACGUUUUGAUGAAUUUGAGGACAUGCCCCCUCUGCCUCCCCCUAUUGAUUAUGACAUGUCCGCACCAGCUGACUAUUUGGAGAAAGUGGUGGCACUAUACAGCUUUGACACAGGCAAGACUGGUGACUUGGUCUUUCAGGAGGGAGAUAUCAUCUACGUUACCAGCAGAAAUGAGGAUGGCUGGUGUGAGGGUGUUCUGCAUGGGGUUAGGGGUUAUUUUCCUGGUAACUAUGUGGAGUCCACCGCCUAACUGGCCAUCUGUCAGGGAACAAACAAUUGAGCACCAUGGCACCUUAAAAUACAAAUAUUGUAAAGUGAAACACUGUAAUCUACUAAUUGAUUGAUUGAUUGAUUGGUGCCAUAUACAUUUAUAAAUUAGAGUAAUUCAAUCUCUUAGAAAUAUAAAAAAAAAAAAUAUAUAUAUAU